AUGAAAUUUUUUUUUAUUUUAGCUAUUUUCAGUCUUUUCAGCUUCUCGUUUGGGUCAAGACUGAAGAAAUCAUUUGUGGAACUUGAGGCGCCACCUCCGUUUAUUUUUGAUUUUUGUAAGGGAAUGAACAUUCAUUUUCUAAUAAGUGCAGAAGAAGUUAAUAAUGAAGCAUUUUUAGUCGACUUAAUAUAUGCGAUUAUGGGCACAAUAAAUUAUAUGAGAUUAAGUGUAGGAAAUAUUAUUUCAAUUUCAAUUUUUGAUGAUAAGAUAAUAUAUAAAAAUCUUCAAACUAUUGGGAAAAUAAAAAAACACCCACUUUCUCGUGAAAUUAAAGAAGCAUAUAAAAAAUAUGUUCAUUACACGCCGAAAAAAACCGAUUUAAAAAAUGCAAUAACAGACUACCAUAAAAAUGUUAUAUUAAGCAAUCCAGUAAUGAAAAAUCAAAAAAAUGUUAUAAUUAUUUGCAAGGCAUUUACAAGUAAAGAUUUAACAGAUUACAGUGAUGAAACAAUAAAUUUUAUUAGGGAUAAAAGAGAUCAGAACUUAGGUAUUUAUUUUAUUACGCAAAGAACUUCAUAUGCUUCUGAUCGAGUUUAUAGUCUUUCAGAAACGAAGCUUGACGGAGACGAACUGUAUCCUCUUGCGCAUUUGCUUUCUAGUAAUUAUGAUAAUAGAGUAGUUAUCAGUGUAAAGAAAUUUUGUUAUCAUUUAACAUAUGGAUCACUUUGCAAUAAAUAUAAUGAUUGGUCUGAUUGGUUUGGCCCAUGUGAAUUUAGACAACGACGAAAAGAAAUUCCUUUAAAUAUUACUCGAACAAAAGCUAGUCAAUUUUUAAAUUAUUAUACCCCAACUUGCAACAAUGCUUUUGAUUAUACAUUAUCCGUUAAGGAAGAUUUUAAAAUUGAAUGCUCUAAUAUAAUAUAUAAUUGUAGGGGUACAUGCGAUGCUGGUUAUAAAUUUAGUCCUUAUGUUUCAGAUAAUGAAAUUACAGAAAAUUAUGAAGAAUGUGAUGAUUUGCCACCUUGCACGGAAGAGCAAAGAAAAAGUAGAGAUGAAAAUGAACAUAAAAAAUUAAUACAUAAGCUUAACGGAGAAGCAAAAGAACAAGAAUAUCAUGAUAUUAUUGAACGAAAAGUUAUAGAGCAAAUGCGAGAUGGAGAAACAGAAGCCCAAGCUAGUGCACGAAAAAUUAAAUCAAUACAUGAAUUCAUAGACAAUAAAGUAAAGACAAUGAUAAACAAGCAAUAUGCUCUUUUGAAUAUGAACCCUCCAGGAUAUGAAGAAGAAACAAAAGAAAAUUCAGAAGAUCUCACUGAUACGAGUAAAAUUUCGGAAAUAUCGACUCCCCAACACGCAAAAUCUGAGGAAUCAACCUUAAAAAAGUAUGUUUCAGAAAUAUCUGAUUCAAAAAAAGAAGAAGACAACCACGAAAUCCAUAAAGAUGGGGAUUCUGACCAAGAGAUCAAGAUACUUGAAAAGUAUCAACCCAAACAAAAUGGUGAAGUGGAUAAGAAAAUAUCUGAAACUAAUAAUAAUUCAGGUGAAAAUAUUAUUAAAAAUCCAACCAAUAUACGAAUAUUCGAAAAAAAUAAAUUAAAAGGAAAUAAUCAGAAUACUGAUCAUUCCAUCGAUGAUUCACAAGAUGAAGAUAAAUCUGAAGAAAAUAUAAUUGUCGAAAAUCAAGAAUCAAAAGCUAUUGAUAAAAAUACUGGCCAAAUUCCAAUUAAUAAUAAUAUGAGGGUUGAUAACACAUCUGAAAUGAAACCUGUUCCCAAAUAUGCAAGUCCCGAACACGAAGAAAAUAAUGGGAGUGUAGAACCUAAUAAACAAGAAUUGCCAAAAGAAAAAGAAGAAUCAGAAUCAAAUAUAGAGAAAUAUGAAGAUAAACAAAUAUUUCCAGAUAAAACAAAAAGUGAAGUUGAAAAAAAAGACAAAGAAAUAGUUGACAACCAAGAAUUGAAUAAAAUAACAGAAAAAGAAAAUGCAGAAAAUAAAGAAAGCGAAGAAAACACUGAAAACGCAAAGACAAUUGUAUCAGAUAGCAGUAUUUUAAGCAAGAACAUUCCAGUAGAUGACACUAAAAUUAUAGAAUCACAAUCUACAUUAGAUGAAAACAAAAAAUUAGGAGAACAUAAACCUUUAGUUGAAAGUAAACCAGCAGAAGAGCAUAAACCUCUGGAUGAAAGUAAAGUAAUAGAAGAAAAUAUACCUCUAGUUGAAAGUAAACCAGCAGAAGAGCAUAAACCUCUGGAUGAAAGUAAAGUAAUAGAAGAAAAUAUACCUCUAGUUGAAAGUAAACCAGUAGAAGAGCACACACCUCUAGAUGAAAGUAAAGUAAUAGAAGAAAAUAUACCUCUAGUUGAAAGUAAACCAGUAGAAGAGAGUAUACCUUCAUAUGAAACUAAACCAAUAGAAGAGCACACACCUCUAGAUGAAAGUAAACCAGUAGAAGAGAGUAUACCUCUAGAAGAAACUAAAGCAACAGAAGAAGAUAUACCUCUAGUUGAAACAAAAGUAACAGAAGAGCAUAAACCUCUGGAUGAAAGUAAAGUAAUAGACGAAAAUAUACCUAUAGAAGAAACGAAACCAAUAGGAGAAGAUACACCUGUAUAUAAAAGUAAACCUGUAGAAGAGCACACACCUUUAAAUGAAACUAAAACAUUAGAAGAAGUUAUACCUGUAUAUGAAACUAAACCACUAGAAGAAAGUAAAACAAUAGAAGAACAUAAACCUUUAGAUGAAACUAAAACAAUAGAAGAAAGUAUACCUAUAGAAGACAGUAUACCUGCAUAUGAAAGUAAACCAGUAGAAGAGCAUACACCUGUAUAUGAAACUAAACCAAUAGAAGAGCACACACCUCUAGAUGAAAGUAAAGUAAUAGAAGGAAAUCUACCUAUAGAAGAAACUAAAGCAAUAGAAGAAGAUACACCUCUAGUUGAAAGUGAAGUAAUAGAAGAGCAUAAACCUCUGGAUGAAAGUAAACCAGUAGAAGAAAAUAUACCUCUAGAAGAAACUAAAACAAUAGAAGAAAAUAUACCUUUAGAUGAAACUAAAACAUUAGAAGAGGAUAUGCCUGUAUAUGAAAGUAAACCAAUAGAAGAGAAUAUACCUUCAUAUGAAACUAAACCAGUAGAAGAGCAUAUACCUCUAGAUGAAAGUAAACCAAUAGAAGAGAGUAUACCUUCAUAUGAAACUAAACCAGUAGAAGAGCAUAAACCUCUAGAAGAAAGUAUACCAGUAGAAGAAGUUAUACCUGUAUAUGAAACUAAAGUAAUAGAAGAGCAUAUACCUCUAGAAGAAACUAAAGCAAUAGAAGAAGAUACACCUGUAUAUGAAAGUAAACCUGUAGAAGAGCACACACCGCUAGUUGAAAGUAAACCAGUAGAAGAGAGUAUACCUCUAGAAGAAACUAAAGCAACAGAAGAAGAUAUACCUCUAGUUGAAACAAAAGUAACAGAAGAGCAUAAACCUCUGGAUGAAAGUAAACCAGUAGACGAAAAUAUACCUCUAGAAGAAACUAAAACAAUAGAAGAAAAUACACCUUUAGAUGAAACUAAAACAUUAGAAGAAGUUAUACCUGUAUAUGAAACUAAAGUAAUAGAAGAGCAUAAACCUGUAUAUGAAACUAAACCACUGGAAGAGCAUAAACCUGUAUAUGAAACUAAACCACUGGAAGAGCAUAUACCUCUAGAAGAAAGUAAACCAGUAGAAGAAAAUACACCUUUAGAUGAAACUAAAACAUUAGAAGAGGGUAUGUCUGUAUAUAAAAGUAAACCAAUAGAAGAGAGUAUACCUUCAUAUGAAACUAAAAUAAUAGAAGAAGAUACACCUCUAGAAGAAAGUAAACCAGUAAAAGAAUAUAAACCUUUAGAUGAAACUAAAACAUUAGAAGAGAGUAUACCUGUAUAUGAAACUAAAAUAAUAGAAGAAGAUACACCUGUAUAUGAAAGUAAACCUGUAGAAGAGUAUAAACCUGUAUAUGAAACUAAACCAGUAGAAGAGAGUAUACCUCUAGAUGAAAGUAAAGUAAUAGAAGAAAAUAUACCUAUAGAAAAAACUAAAGCAAUAGGAGAAGAUACACCUGUAUAUGAAAGUAAACCUGUAGAAGAGCACACACCGCUAGUUGAAAGUAAACCAGUAGAAGAGAGUAUACCUGUAUAUGAAACUAAAGUAAUAGAAGAAGAUACACCUUUAGAAGGAAGUAAAAUAGUAGAAGAGCAUAAACAUCUUGAUGAAAGUAAAGUAAUAGAAGAAGAUAUACCUGUAUAUGAAACUAAAACAAUAGAAGAAAGUAUACCUAUAGAAGACAGUAUACCUGCAUAUGAAAGUAAACCAGUAGAAGAGCAUACACCUCUAGAUGAAAGUAAAGCAAUAGAAGAGGAUAUGUCUGUAUAUGAAAGUAAACCAAUAGAAGAGAGUAUACCUCUAGAUGAAACUAAACCAGUAGAAGAAAAUCUACCUAUAGAAGAAACUAAAACAAUAGGAGAAAAUAUACCUAUAGAAGAAACUAAAGUAAUAGGAGAAGAUACACCUGUAUAUGAAACUAAAAUAAUAGAAGAAGAUAGACCUGUAUAUGAAACUAAACCAAUAGAAGAGCACACACCUCUGGAUGAAAGUAAAACAAUAGAAGAACAUAAACCUUUAGAUGAAACUAAAACAUUAGAAGAGGAUAUGCCUGUAUAUGAAAGUAAACCAAUAGAAGAGAGUAUAUCUUUAGAUGAAACUAAACCACUGGAAGAGCAUAUACCUCUAGAAGAAACUAAAACAAUAGAAGAAAAUCUACCUAUAGAAGAAACUAAAACAAUAGAAGAAAGUAUACCUAUAGAAGACAGUAUACCUACAUAUGAAAGUAAACCAGUAGAAGAGCAUACAUCUUUAGAUGAAACUAAAACAUUAGAAGAGGAUAUGUCUGUAUAUGAAAGCAAACCAAUAGAAGAGAGUAUACCUUUAGAUGAAACUAAACCAGUAGAAGAAAAUCUAUCUAUAGAAGAAAAUAAAGCAAUAGAAGAGCAUAAACCUAUAAUUGAAACUAAAGUAAUAGAAGAGCAUAAACCUCUAGUUGAAAGUAGAGCAAUAAAUGAGCAUAAACAUCUGGAUGAAAAUAAAGUAAUAGGCGAAAAUAUACCUAUAGAAGAAACUAAAGCAAUAGAAGAGCAUAAACCUCUAGAAGAAAGUAAACCAGUAGAAGAGAGUAUACCUGUAUAUGAAACUAAAAUAAUAGAAGAUCAUACACCUUUAGAUGAAACUAAAACAUUAGAAGAGGAUAUGCCUGUAUAUGAAAGUAAACCAAUAGAAGAGAGUAUACCUUUAGAUGAAACUAAACCAGUAGAAGAAAAUCUACCUAUAGAAGAAACUAAACCAGUAGAAGAAAAUCUACCUAUAGAAGAAACUAAACCAGUAGAAGAGCAUAUGCCUCUAGUUGAAAGUAAAAUAGUAGAUGAGAGUAUACCUGUAUAUGAAAGUAAACCAGCAGAAGAGCAUACACCUCUAGUUGAAAGUAAACCAGUAGAAGAGAGUAUACCUGCAUAUGAAAGUAAAAUAGUAGGAGAUACACCUGUAGAAGAAACUAAAAUAUUAAAAGAAGAUGCACAUUUAGAUGAAACUAAAACAUUAGAAGAAAUUAUACCUGUAUAUGAAACUAAAGUAAUAGAAGAGCAUAAACCUCUAGUUGAAAGUAAAGCAAUAAAAGAGCAUACACAUCUUGAUGAAAGUAAAGUAAUAGGCGAAAAUAUACCUAUAGAAGAAACUAAAGCAAUAGAAGACCAUAAACCUCUAGAAGAAAGUAUACCAGUAGAAGAAGAUACACCUUUAGAUGAAACUAAAGUAUUAGAAGAAAAUAUCCCUGUAUAUGAAAGUAAAAUAGUAGACGAACAUGAACCUCUAGAUGAAAAAAAAACUGAUGAAGAGCACAAGCCAAUUGAUACAAUCGAUGCCGAUGGCCUUAUUGAUAAGGAAAAAGGUAUUGAUGGUGAUAAAAUUAUUCAGGAAAAUGGUGUACAAAUUUCAAAUAAAGAUGAGGCAAUUGAAAAUUUAGAUGGAUACGAAUCAACUAAAUCCACAAAUUAUAGUGAUAAUAAUGAUAAUGAAGAAGAGAUAAUUAAUGCCCCAAAUCAAAAUACAGACUCAUCAACGAGUAAUAUUAUUAAUGGCCAAUCUAAAACAAUAGACACCGAUAAAAGUGUAAAUCAAAAUAUAAAUAGUGACCCUAACGAUAAUAUACAUAUGGAAUCAAGAAAGGAAGAUAUUCAAAAAGAAAGUGAAAAUAAUAAAGAUAUGGUAAGCCUUAUACCUAAUGAUAGAAUUAUACACGAAGUAGUAAAUAAUGACGAGAAAAAAUUAUUAAUAGAUGAAAAAAAUAUUGAAGAUAUUUUAGAAAAAGAAUUGAGCGUUGAUAAUUCCAAAGAUGGCAGCAAUGAAUACAAUCCCAUAGACAUGGAACAUAAAGCAGAUAGCAUUUUAGACGAACAUAAUAAUAUAGACAAAAGUGAUAACAAUGAAAAAAUAAGCCAAAAAGGUUUUGAAGACAAGUCAUAUAAUAUAGAUACUAAAGUGGAUGGAGAUGCAUUACCACAUCAUAGUACUAAUAUGCAAAAAACAAAAGAAGAGGCUGCUAUAAAGAAAGAAGAGGCUGCUAUAAAGAAAGAAGAGGAUGUUAUAAAGAAAGAAGAGGAUGCAAUAAAGAAAGACGAAACUGAUAUAAAGAAAGAAGAGGCUGAUAUAAAGAAAGAAGAGGGUGUUAUAAAGAAAGAAGAGGAUGUUAUAAAGAAAGAAGAGGAUGCAAUAAAGAAAGACGAAACUGAUAUAAAGAAAGAAGAGGCUGAUAUAAAGAAAGAAGAGGGUGUUAUAAAGAAAGAAGAGGAUGUUAUAAAGAAAGAAGAAGCUGAUAUAAAGAAAGAAGAUGUGCCUAUGCAUAAGGAAUUAGACGAAAACAAAUUAAUAAUAGAAGAUAAUACUAAUUCCUCACAAAAUACAAUUACUAUAAAUGAAAAAUAUGACGAAGCGCCUACUAAACCUGAUGUAAAUCACGAACAAACAAUUAUAAAAGACAAAAUCGAUGUAUCUACAGAAAAAGAUAACACCGAAAAAUCCGAAGAAAUCAUCGUAAUUGAUAAUAACAAUGAUGCUCAUAUAAAUGAAAUAAUUAGUGCUGUAGUAAAUGAACACGUUAAUACUGAAGACGCUGGAAGUAAAUAUGAUGCAAACGAACAAUUAGCCAUAUUAGAUGAUUUCGUAGAAAAAUCAAAAAAAGUUCCAGGCGACAAAAAUGAUUAUCCUUAUAAAUAUUAUUCAGAUACAAAAAGCGUUCAUAAAGUUUUUUUCAAAAAAUCGCCCCAAGGAAAAAUCGAUGAAAAUAAAUAUCUUAUUGUUGGUCAGAAUAAUUAUAUUAUAGAUUCCAAUGAUACUAAAAAUCCUUUUCACAAAAAUAUGUCUAAUGCUGUUGAUAAAAGGCUAGCAGAACAAAUUCAAAAAGACAUAAAAAACACAUUAGAAAGUGUUAGUAAUGAAGAAAAAGAAAAAGAAAAAAGCAAAUCAUCUAAUAAUAGUAUAUUAAAACUUGCAGGUAUGUCAUUAUUCGGUGCUAUAUUCAUAGUAUUUGUAUCUAUGUACGUACUUAAAAAAGUUAAUUCUUACAAACUUAACGAAAAUCCUAUCAUGACUUUCGAGUAUGAUGAGGCUCCAAAAAAUAUAAUAAACAAUGAUAAAGGAGAGGAAAUAUCAUGUGGCGAUAUUAGCUACACCAAUGAUGAUUGGUCAUAG